UCUGGUUUUCGCCUGAUCGAAAUAACCUGACGUACGGAAAUCGUAGAGAUGGAGAGUCUCAGGACUCCAUUCAGCGGGAUACUGGACGAUUUGCGAGGCAGAGCCGAGUGCUACAAGGAUGAUUGGACCAGUGCCAUUCGCGCUGGCGUCAGGAUUCUGGCCCCGACGUGUUACAUCUUCUUUGCCUCGGCUCUUCCCGUGAUUGCCUUCGGGGAGCAAUUGAACCGAGAUACAGACGGCAGUCUGAGCACGGUGGAGACUCUGGCCUCGACUGCGCUGGCCGGACUAAUCCACUCAAUUUUCGGAGGGCAGCCGCUGCUGAUUUUAGGCGUUGCUGAACCGACGGUCAUAAUGUACACUUACUUGUACAGUUUCAGCCAGGGAAGGCCAGAGAUUGGCCGCGAGUUAUAUUUAGCUUGGGCUGGAUGGGUUUGUGUUUGGACUGCAAUCAUGUUGUGUCUGCUUGCGAUAUUCAAUGCCGGCCACAUCAUCAACAGAUUCACCAGGGUUGCAGGGGAGAUGUUCGGGAUGUUGAUUGCCGUUCUCUUCAUUCAAGAAGCCAUUAAGGGGUUGGUUACUGAAUUCAACAUCCCAAAAUCCGAAAACCCGAAACUAGAAGAGUUUCAAUUCUCGUGGCUGUAUACAAAUGGCUUGCUUGCUAUCAUUUUUGCAGUUGGUGUCCUCUGGACUUCCCUUAAGACGAGAGAAGCUAGAGCUUGGAGAUAUGGCUCAGGAGGAGUGCGAAGUUUCAUUGCAGACUAUGGUGUUCCGCUAAUGGUGAUACUAUGGUCCAUAUUAUCCUACGCUAUACCGAAAAAGGUUCCUCAUGGUGUUCCAAGGAGGUUGUUUAUUCCACUUCUUUGGGAGUCACAGUCGUUGCAGCACUGGACAGUAAUCACGGAUAUGGUGAAGGUACCGGUGGGAUACAUCUUUGCUGCCAUUGUACCAGCCGUUAUGAUUGCAGGGUUGUACUUCUUCGAUCACAGCGUAGCUUCGCAGUUGGCACAGCAGCCGGAGUUCAAUCUCAAGAAACCAUCUGCUUACCACUACGACGUCUUCUUGUUGGGAAUUCUGACUUUGAUUAGUGGAUUGUUGGGGCUUCCUCCUUCCAAUGGUGUCCUUCCUCAAUCCCCUAUGCACACCAAGAGCCUUGCUGUUCUGAAGAAGCAGUUGAUUCGGAAGAAGAUGGUCAAAGGUGCCAAGGAAGUGAUCGACCGCAAGGGAACUAGUUCUGAAAUUUACGGGAAAAUGCAGGACAUUUUCAUUCAAAUGGAUACAUCUCCAGCACAUACGACAUCGGUAAGUAGGGAGCUGGAGGACUUGAAAGAAGCAGUGAUGAGAAGUGAUGACGAAGGAGGCGAUACGAAGGGAAAGUUCGAUCCAGAGAAGUGCAUUGACGCACACUUGCCGGUGAGGGUCAACGAGCAAAGGCUCAGCAACUUGCUACAAUCAAUCCUGGUGGGAAUCUCAAUGUGUGCGAUACCUCUUAUCAAGAUGAUGCCAACUUCAGUCCUUUGGGGAUACUUUGCCUACAUGGCCAUCGACAGUCUUCCAGGGAACCAGUUCUGGGAGAGGAUGUUGAUGCUCUUCGUCGCCCCUAGCCGCCGCCACAAGAUCUUGGAAGGUUUCCAUGCAUCAUUUGUGGAGUCAGUGCCAUUUAAGGCCAUCGCUAAGUUCACUUUGAUGCAAUUCCUUUACUUCCUCAUGUGCUUUGGAAUCACGUGGAUUCCCAUAGCUGGGAUUCUCUUUCCUCUGCCUUUCUUCAUCCUCAUCCUCAUCAGACAGCACAUGCUCCCCAAGAUUUUCCGACAAGACCAUCUACAAGAACUCGAUGCCGCCGAGUAUGAAGAGAUCUCCGGCGCCCCCAAGAGAAGCAUAAACCUCAUGGUAACGGAACCGAUUGUUUUUUGUGGAUUCAAAUUUGCUCUGUUUCAUGCUCUGUCUUUCUCUGUAUACAGGAAAUGGAUUCAGGAGCGAUUCGGAGGGAUGAGCACGAUGAGGACUUCUUUGAUGCGGAGAUACUCGACGAGAUGACGACACAUAGGGGAGAGUUGAAGCAUCGAUCUCGUAGCGUGAGGGAUCUGGAGACGAUUUUUCAGGUCCAUCCUGCAGGAAUAGGGGAAGGGAGUAGCGGGCCAAGAUCACAGGUGUGACAGAGGUAGAUCAGUAUACUAUUGGAGACUUGAUAUAUAGAAUAGAAAGCAUAUAUAGGCGAAAUAAAGGGAGCUUUUCAUUCUACCAUAUGACGACGGUGGCGAUUGGCGACCAUUAUUACUCGGUGGAUACAAUGCAACACAACAAAAACAAAGCUCAGAGAAGAAGAGAUCGAGUUAACUUUCAUUAUGCCUUGGAUUUCAAGUGUUGUAUAGUAUAGAGAAUUAAGAUUAAAACAAGCUACCUACAUGUUGGUAUCUUCUAAAAUGUUAGACAAGAUCGAGGAAGAAGGAAAGACCGAAAUUAAUUAAGCUUCAGAAUACAUAGAGAAUUCUAGUUAGUUAGUUAGUGGACAGAUUAAUUACAACUUGAAUCUUAUAUUGCAUUUUGUUUUUGUGGAUGCCGAAAG